CCGCCGAGUCCAAAGCGAGCUGCGUGAGAGAGCGCGCGCUCCGGGAGAGCGGCGGGGAGAGCGAGGCAGCUCCGACCGCGCGAACAGCAAGCACGUGAGGCACUUGAGCAAAAAAAAAAAAAAGAGAAAGAAAGAGAGAGAGAGAGAGAAAGAGAGAGAGAGAUAGCGUGCGUGCAUGUGUAGGACCUGCAGCCCCGAGACUUCGUCACUAUAACACGCCGCCAACAUCUCGAUAGCACGCCAACCGACAGCGCCUCGGAGCUGCGUUUGGCGACAUUCUACAUACGUGUAAAAAUGCUCAUCGUCGCGGAUGGCUGUGCCCUGCUGCUUGUGGAUACGCGUCUGGGCUUCUGGUGAGACCAGGUCGUGCUCACGUCCCCCUUGCCGUCUUUCGUUCGCCGUGACAGGCAGGAGUACAGGAUGGAGAGCGCGGGGCUGAUGCUGGGUUACUUUCUGGUGAAAGUUCUGGCGCUGGCGUGCAGCGCGCAGGGGGAGUCCGGCCAGGCGCUCCACGGCUUUGUCAUGGUGUCGGGGCUGAACGGGUCCCGGGACGGGGACUCGGACGCCCCGCACACGGAGGAGGAAUGCCUGGGCUACUUCGACGUGAUGGGGCAGUGGGACCCGCCGUUUGUCUGCAACACGGACGACUACCUGUACUGCUGUGGGACCUGUGGCUUUCGCUUCUGCUGCACGGUGAAGAGCUCUCGGCUGGAUCAGAGCACCUGCAAGAACUAUGACACCCCCUUAUGGAUGAUGACCGGCCGACCCCCGUACAAAAAGAACGACCCCGCGCACGACCCCACGAGGGAUAAAACCAACCUGAUCGUCUAUAUCAUUUGUGGAGUGGUGGCCAUCAUGGCCCUGGUGGGGAUUUUCACCAAGCUCGGGCUGGAGAAGGCACACCGGCCCCAGCGGGAGAACAUGUCCAGGGUGCUGGCGAGCGUGAUGCGCCAACAAGGCCCGUGCCCGGGGGAGCAUCUGGAGCGCGAGGACAACCUCGGGGUCCACGUGCAGCACUACGAGAACAUCCAGGCCAGGGCCGCGGUCAACAACCUCCAAGGCCCCCAGAUGAACAACGUUGGCCCCGGCUCACCCCUCCUGCCCACCACGUCUCAGCCCCACUACCCGACCCUGGGCCAGAUGUCCCACGCCUACGAGCAGCCCCAGGCCUACAAGGAGCUCAACAAGUACGCCUCCCUCAAGGCCGUGGCGGAGAAGGCGAACGACGACUUCUACUCCAAGAGGCGGCACCUGGCCGAGCUGGCGGCGAAGGGCAGCCUCCCCCUGCACCCGGUGCGCAUGGACCACGAGCCCAGCCUGCCCUUCAGCCCCGAGGUGACCUUCAGCAAGCAGAACGGCCACAAGUCCAAAACCAACAAGACGCACACGCACCCGCUGGUCUACGGCUCCAACACCAUCGCCAACCCGGGGGCCCUGAAGGGCUGGGGCGACACGGAGACGAUGGGCCGCCGGCAGAUCUACGGCCCCAAGAAGCCCUGCAUGGUGGAGCAGGUCAACGAGCUGCAGAGCGCACGCAGCCAGCACUACCUGCCCCCGCAGCCUUACUUUGUCACCAACAGCAAGACGGAGGUGACAGUGUGAGAGCGCCCCCCCCCCCCCACACACACCCACCCACUCCCCGCGGCCCAGCAGUGAGAGCACGAGAGUGGGCGAGCGAGAUGGACGCACGAGGGGGUACGAUGGAGCGGGGGGGGGUGGGGGGUUCGGGGGGCGACACUUUUUUCGCGGCUGUGGCUUUGCCAAGCGGCUGGCCAGGGGCGUGGCGCGGGGGACCCCAGCAGCGCAGCCUGCAGACGCGUGCGUCUUCGCUUCGCGUGUGAGUGUCCGCCUGCGGCAGACGUGCACGGGACUCGCUCGGCGCUGGGGGAGCGGGAGGGUCGGGGAGAGGUAUCGGGGGGAGAGCACAGUCAUUUUAAGCAGACAUCAAAUAACACACAGCUAAUAAGGAUAGUCAUCGUCGUCGACAUAAUAAUAGCAAUGAUUAACAACGUGAACCAUAACUGGAAACACAAGAAGACGGACGGUCAUGGAUGGAUGAACCAAAAUACACAAGCAAUACAUAGGUGGUUAACUAAAGACAGCGACAGCACUUGACUCACGGCAGUUUGAGGGAUAUUGUCUAUAAGCAAACUGCAGUACCUAAAUCCACAACUGUGAUGCACGAGGAGCUCGUGACAAACCGCAGCGAGGGGCACGAGGGGAAGGGCUCCGCACGAAGACCCCUCAGCAGCUCUCUUCUCCGCGGAGGCCUUGGAAACCUGGGCUUCAGAGCCGCCUUCGCUUCCUGCCUUGUGUCACGGCCAGGGAGCGGGCUAGACGGGCUCUUCCCAGGCCUGGAGCAGAGGGAGGGUCACGAGGAGAGGGGGGGGGGCACGCUCUGGAGCUUUGCAUCGGCGGGGGCACGCGCGGAACCCGAGAGACGCUCUCUUCUCGGGACUCUGGGAACGGCACUGCGGGAGCUGCCUGCCAGUCGCCUGAGCAGAUGGGAUCCUUCGGACCUGUUUCUAUGACGCUGGGAGGUGCCUUUCUUGUAUUUUUAAAGAGUUUACAGUUAACUUCCGUCUAAGAGCUGAACUCUACAGGCUAUCGAUGUCUUGUACGGAUACAGAAAAAAAAAAAACACAAAAAAAACACAAAAACAAAAAAAAAAACUUCAGCCAUUGCAGUUUAUGGUAUGACGUACUUGCUGUUGAUUUGUAAACUUUAACUUUCCUUUCUUUCAGUUGGUAAAUCUUUCUGUCCAUCGGCUGUGUUAACACACAGGAACAAGAAAGAGAGAAUGCAGGACAGACCUGGGCUUGAUUUUUAAUUUUGGACCCAGGUGCCACUGCUUACAGCUCGAGUUUUGUCAUGGCUUCCCACAGAUCCACCCAGUGCUGUGAACCAAGGGACUCCUGUCUGGUGUGUAAAUUCUUCCAGGCUGUGUUCACAAGGCUUCUGUUGCUGGCGUGGUUCCCAGGCAAAGAAACACAGAGUGAACUCACAUAAGUCUGCUUUAUUAAAAGUACAGCAAGCUGAAAGCAUUGAGAAAAAACUAAAGCAGGUAAGUCCAAAAAAAGAAUCGGAAGAUGGCGAGUCUUCAAAUGCACAGCACUGGUAAGGGAUAAAUCCUAGAUGUACUGUGCCAUGAUACAAUUUCAUUAAGCACUGAGACAGUGAGCCCAAUACCCCUCCAGUGACACACUGCCAGGAAGGCAGGUAUAAAAGAAUGAACCUGGUCCUAUGAAAUAUUGGUCCCAUAUAUAUAUUUCCAAAAAUGCCUGAGCUUUUUUAACCAGAACUGCUGUAAAUUGCAAUCUAGAAACCUGGUGACUCCAGAUCUUCAUCAUUUGGCAAGGGGUUAGGUGAUUGGCCUAGAAUGAAAUUCUGGGAGGAGGGAUUCUAAUAUGGAGGCGAUCAGUCCUAACCCCACAGAUGGAAGCUUCACUCUGCUGGCUCCACAGCCAAGAGCAGAAACCAUGUCUGAACCUGCGGUUCCUCUUGUGCCGAACUGGAUUACUAGUGCAACAACAGCUGUAUGCACGAUUGUUCUAUUCAUCAAGCGCUGCGGUCAUCAUCAGUAGAGAAAAAAACGGCUCACGUUCCCCGUUAGUGGGUGAACAUUGCAGUGCUUAGUGAAAUCCUCUGUGCAGAAAUACAGUAUAUCAAGUAUUAAUGCACAGCUUGAGGCUCCAGGAUAUUUUUUUUAGGGGGGGGGGGGUCUUUAAAAUACAGGGGGGCUAUGGCAACAUCUCCGCAGUCAAACACAUAACCGGCACUGGCCAAAUCAAUGCAAAAGGCAGGGUUUUUGUUUUGUCUAGCUAAGCUCUGUUAACUGAAGAGCUUGGGUACUGGUGCUCCAGUCAAAAAAGAAUCGCAGCUUACUUUGGAGAUACUGGAAGGCAUCAAGUGUUUAUUCAACAGACUUGAGUGACUUCUAACAAGCUCCUGCUCCCCAUGUCCCCUCCGUCUUUCUCAAUGUGGCCUAAUUUGAAGCUGUAAAAGGCAGCAAUUUACAGCUCAUUCAGGGGGAAGCAUGGAAACCGUUUGAUUUCUAGAUGAGGGUCAUGUGUUUGUAGGCUGUGACAAUAGCAUCUGCAUUCAUGAACCAGAAAAGCCAAUGUAGCUGCCAAGUGUUUGAAAUAAGAUGUCAGAGAUGUUGAGGCUGUUUCUGAAAACACAAAAUCUGUUUGGGUUUGAUCCAUGCUUUCAUAACAAAGACAUGCAAGCUUCUUUUGUGGUCUAAUCAAUAAAGCAAUUUAAAUGAUCACACUGUAAUUGAAGAAAAUAAAUGAAAUCUUCAUGGAAACAAGAAAAACAGCAUUCCGUUAAGUAAGAGGGCCAGGAAAAUGUACAAUAUGAGGGAAACCAAAUCUGAAAUUUUCAGCACCCAACUGUUCACCAUCAUGGCCCAGAAUUGCACCCUUGUAAUGCAAAAUUCUGUUCAUUGUCAGCACAGGAUGUACUGUAGGUUUUACUGGCACGGUGUGAAAACCAGCUCCCUCUCAUUGAUUUCUUGUUUGUUAGUUUGAAAUUAGGUGGAAACAUGGAAUUAUUUCUUAAUGAGAAAAUCUAUUUUUUGCUAGAUAAUUUACAGCACCAAAUUCAACUUGUAUCACCACAGGCUUUUCUCACACCCUCUGAGCAAACCUGCUGCAAUCCUGAAUGAAUGUACUACAUCCAGAAGAGGACAGAUCAGACGUCACCAAGUUCAAUCCCUUUCUCCUGCAGUCUUAGUGACGAACCGCGACACACCGAUUUGUCAUCAGACUCUUUAUCACACCUUCUCAAAUUUCUCUCAACUCCUUGAAACUCCUUGUCUUUCAAAAAUGUACAUUUUUUAAAUUGAAAUCAGGAACAGAGAGAGAGAGAAAGCAGUUCUGAAGGACUUGCUUUGAAAGAGAAAUAGAUGAAAAAAUCAGUUCAGAAAAUUCUAGGACAUAGAAAAAAAAACACAAUAUGAAGUGGCCUUGUGAUGCAGUUCACUACAUUUUUAAGUUCCACUUUCAUCAGUGCAGUAGUAUUGAAAGAACCCCACAGGUUAUCUGCACUCAUUGGUCAUCACACUUGUAUUUCGAAUGUGCAUCACAGUCCCCACCACUGUUGGGCUCGGGAUAAAUUAUUCAAACUAGGCACUGCAAAAGAAAAGAAAGGUUCCACCCUCUGCAGAAGGAGACAUUGUUGCUUUGUGCUCACUCACAGGGCUCAGUGGGAACCUUCUUCCCAGUCCAAAGAUAGAGAGCAAUAUUAUCUUGCCAGCUGGGUAUUUAAACACAAUCACAAUGGCAACAAGGAGAAGGAAGCUGGAGACCAGUUUUCCUGUUCCAUUGGCAAUCAGUUUUCAUUGGUGUCGCUGUCUAGGUUGAGUUUGCAGUAUUUUUAAAAUGUUUCAAAAGACGCUGCAGAUGGGGACACAGAAGGCAAUGGCUAAUACGUUGCUUUAAAGAAUCAGAAAUCACAGGACCGCCCUUCCAUUACAGAAGAAUGUAUUUCCAUAGCAGGAAGAGAACGCAUGUUUCAAUGGUCAGGUUAUGAUGUCAGCUGGCAACAUUUAAAGCCAUUUUGAUAGUCAUUGGACUGCUGAUGUGUUGACAGUGGCCCAUCAGCGCCCAUCAAUUCCUCUUCAGUCUGUGGCGGGCAGGCUCCUGGGCCAGAGGAAAGAACACUGGUACUUGGAAAUUUGCAGGGCAAGUACUGGAGGGGUUGCUUCAACAAGCUAGCCUUAGCUGGCCUCCAUGCUGUGCAGCCAAUAGCUCUACAGCUUUCUCAGUCCCUGUCUGUAAACCUGUCCUCUUCAUGUGCCCGAUUGUUGUCUUGCAGAAGGCAUUCUCCCUUUUUAAAACGUUGUGCUUUGGGGAUUAAGCUUUCAUGAGGCAGCCUUUUCGAUUUUACUUACAGGCCACAUAAAGUGGACCGGUCAGGGUUGAGGGGUGAGGAGCCGCAGGUUCGAACGGAAAGGGCAACAGAUGAAAUAUCCCACAGCACACAAAGCAGACGUUGGAGCACAUUUCAGCCACACGUUUCCACACACAUGCACACCUGCCCUGCGAAGCCCCAUAUAUCUUCACCUCACACCACCAUGUGCUUGAGGUGAGGUGUGUGUUGAGUGUCAAGUUUGUGCGAGGCAAAAGGACGUAUAACACAGGAAAGGAUAAAGAGGGAAUGUGGACCUCUGAGCAAACUGCUAAAACAAUUUGAAGGCAAAAGAGAAAAAGAACAGAAUCCAGCAUCGAUUUACAGCUGUAACUCUCAACUACAAGACUCUUUAGUAACAAACACUGUUACCCAUCUCUUUAGACAAAGUUAGCCACUUUUUAUCAGAAGCUUUCCAAAUGUAGGGGUGUGAGUCUUCUGAUUGAGGACUCAUAUCCCUUGCACGUAAUUGCAAGUCUGCAGGCUAAUCCAAAUUCUUUGCUGGCUCUUGUUCACUGUAGAACAGGUGGCUGGAAUCAGACAGCAGAUGAGCAGCCCUAUUUCGGAGGCAGGGCAGUGAAAGAUGCCAAAGUUCUGCUCCGCCGAAGAGAGAGAGAGCUAGAUUGUGACUGAAGGAGCUUGUGCUCUAAUUAGAAAAAUCAAGUCCCCCACCCCCCCCAGCCCCAUCAGUGAUCUGUAAUGAAAGAGAACUGAAAAAAAACAGCAGAAGUUUGGAUCGUUUUCCAUCAGCAAUCUUGAGCAUUGUGUAUGUUUGUAAUUUAUAGUUCAUUCCAUUGACUUCACCAGGCGAGUGUAGAAGACCAUGUAUGCAUUACUGUCUACAAUGGUCUCGCACCUAAAUCAGGCGGUUUGGUUUGCUGAUAAAUGCAGUGCUGAAUGAUGAGCUCAUAUUUUAAAUAUAGUAACUUUUAUGUAAUUUAAGUCAUCUUUCCUGCCAAAGGCAGAGGAAAACUGUGUAAAAAAAAAAAGAAAAGUGUUUUGAUAUACCGUAUCUAUUAAUAACAUCUGUUAUUUCCAUUCAGAAUCUUCAAAGGCAAUCAACACAGAAUACAAGUUGAGGACCAGUGCAAAGUGUAUUUAAAUCAAUGCUCCUUUUUGGACAUUAAAGCAUUCUACCAACUCUUCCUGCAAAAGAGAGCUCUGAUCUGGACACUAGAGCCUAUAGCUGAGGCUCCUAAAUCCUCCGGUAGGCAGGGGUUUAUACUUUAAUAGCCCUGGCAAUGACAUUGUGAUUAGCAGAAGCUGGCCUGCUCUGUGGAAGAACGUCACUGGAUCUGUGGCACACACUUGUACCAUGUAAUGAGAGCUAAUCUGCUUGUCCAAACUGUUAGUUUAAUGUCCAUGUCAGCUCAAUUAACAGGGGGGUGCUGGGUCUUUCUUCCUCAUGAGCCCCACAGAUUCUCAAUCAAUUUCUCAUUUGGCCCAGAUGGUUUUAUUAAGAAAAGAGUAGGCUGACCUUUAAAUGGAAAUUGUUUUUGCCUCCUUUGCCCUUAUCUAUCAUUACUGCCACGGCAUCUGUCCCCCAGCCAGGGAGCUCCACUGAGGAGAAUGCCGCAGCCCACUGUGUAACCAUUUGCUGUCGUUAGCAAGACGCGGGCCUCAAAUACAGCUGUCUCCCAGCGGCUUGCUUCUCCUCUCCUGGCCACAUGCACGCUUAAAGCACCCGCAGAGAACCCUAAUCAUGGGGUUUGCUUAUCCUUUACAUUUGGGGGGGGGGGGGGGUGGUGUCCCCAAGAUUUCCGUCAGAGUCGAUGCAGAUGUGCAGUUGUUCCCUAAUGCCCCUCAAACGCACUGCCACAGCCUUUCCUCAAAUCUGAUACUGUAUGUCCCAGCCAUGGAGUCCCCCAAAAAUACUGAUUAACCUGGAUAAGAGGACUCUGCCUAGUGGUCUCUGAAGAUAAACCUCUUCUUGCUAAUACAGUCUGUGCUCAAAGAGAAUACUGAUCAUAUCUAAUGGCUAGGAAGUGCUUUGUAUUAAUGCAGAAUACCACACCGAAACGUCUGCUACGGUAUAAUAAAUAAAUGUUUUAACUCUG